GCCUCACUCAUGCAGUCACGUACGCGUGUAAAGACAGAGACGUGUAUAGUGACGUAAAGGCGCUCACAGGGCGGUGUUCUCACGUUCCUGAAGAAAAAAAAAAUCCACAUCUGGAAUCCAGAGCUCGUGGUUUAGGGGAAUCUGUACUGGGAUCUCGUAGUAAAGGUAGCUCGGUGUUUUGCUCCUGCUUUCUCUCUCUAACUCUUUUCCAGGAUUCUUCACUUCACCUCAACAGCAAAUUACAGAUUAACGCAACCAUGCUGGUGGUCCUGAUUGGAACAGUCAUUUUGCACCUUCUGGAUCUGAUUCUGCUGCUCAUUUCUACAUCUGUGAAUGCCUGGAGCACAAUUCAAUUAAAGAGUUAUGACCUGUGGAAUGCCUGCACAGUAAAAAAUGGAGGAUAUGAAUGCACAGAUGUCAGCAGUGCAGAUUGGCUUCAGGCAGUACAGGGUCUUAUGAUCCUAGCCACAAUCUUCUGCCUGCUGUCUCUGAUCAUAUUCAUUUGGCAACUCUUCACCCUGAACAAGGGAGGUCGGUUCUUCUUCACUGCUAUCUUUCAGAUCCUAUCCAGCCUAUUUGUGAUGAGUGGAGCUAUAAUCUACACAGUGAUGAGGCCGGGAGUGCCGGAAGAAGGCUACUCGUUCGGCUUUGCCUUUGUGCUAGCCUGGCUGGCGUUCCCUCUCACUCUGAUAAGCGGCCUCAUUUACAUCAUUCUGAGGAAGAAGGAGUGAAGGAAAAGCGGAGAAAUGCCCGCUGUCAUCACUGAGAAUGACACUCAGUCCACAGACCCAAAUGGACUUUUUUCACUGGCCCGUAUAACAAUGUGUGCCAAAUGUGUGAUCAAGCAAAAGUGACAAAUCAUGAAGAUCAAACUCAAUGAUGACUCAGUGAGGAUGAGUCUGUGGCUUUGAUACUAUUUAUAUCACUUUUACAUUGGUGUUUGUACAUAUGAAUGUCGAAUCCUUGUUGAUGAAGGCCCAUAUUUUGAAGCUGACCACAAAAAAGACAGAAUAACGAUUUUUAUCCUUCUUUGUUUGAUCUUGUAUCCAAUAGAAGUACAUUUAUGAAAUCCAAUUUCACAAAGGUUGUAUGAUGAAAUUGUGUUUAUUUUUAUGUGAUAAACCAAAUUGUUCUGUUCGUAUUUUUAUAUAGUGAAAUGGUGCUGUUUUAGCCUUCAGUUUAUAGCUAGAUACACCUAUAUUUCUGUUCAGUUGAGCAAAACUAUUUUACAUUGUGUAUUGUACGUGUGCCAAAAUAUCCAACUGUUUUUUGUUUUGUAUGCUUUUAAUAAGAUUCUAAAAAUAAAGAAACAAAUAAUA